AUCCAUCAUUCGGAGUAUUCCGCGAAUAGUCGGUGUAUCACGAUUGUCACUCUGGAUCAGCAGACGAUUUAUUUCAUCUUACGGAGGAAUCCGAGAUAGCCGAUGUAUCACGAUUGUCACGAUUGUGUCCAAUUGUCACAUCGGUAAUGUCCGAGGAGGGGUUUUCUUAAUCUAUUUAUAAUAUGUAUACAUAUAAUUGAUCCAAUCCUUUUUACACAGCGAUAAAAUGAAGGAAGUAUGUGGAGUAAACAAACGUGCAAUAAAUAUUGAGGUAUGAAUUUUGAUUGAGUGCAUGUUGUUAAACACUCCAUAUUGAAAGCAACCGUGUGUGAAAAUGGACACGGUUGGUAAAUUAAAAGAGUUAUGGAAAGAUAAAUAUUCAAGCGAUAUACCUGACGAUUUUGUUGCCCGUUUGGAUUGUGAAUUUUCAAAAGGUAAAAAUGAGCCUGAGGCCGAGGACAGAUUAAAUAAAUCGUUGACAUUCUUAAUGAAUGACAGCAAUGAAAAAAUUGCCGAUUUAAAUAGGAGAUUGAAACAGGAAGAAUAUUUUAUAGAACUAUUAUCACAGGCAAUUGACAACCAAGUUCUUACAGGGAUGGCACAUUUUAAAGAUAAGAAACUGGAUGUUAAUGUUUCAUCACUGUAUUCACAUGUAAAAAAACCCAAAAAGAUCAUUAACAGUGACACUGAGGACACUUCUUUUAUGAAAAACAUGUGCAAAGACACACCGCCAGCUUUGCCGAAAAGGAUUGAACCUGAAAAUAAUUAUGAGGACAUUUCUGCAGUGGAAAAAGUGGAUUCUGGUAUGGACAAUGUUAACAACAAACCAACAGUAAAAUUUAGAGGCUCAGUGAGAGACAAAAUCAAAAUGUUUGACAGAAGCGAUUCCUCUUCUGGUGAAGAUGCAAAAUCACAAUCAGAGGGUGACUAUGCACGAUUACCAUCUCCCCCGACAGUAUCUCCAAAACCGUCUCCAUCGUCUUUGCGUCGAUUGCACAGAGAGGAAUAUGAGGAAAUAUGCCUUCCAACAGUGUCACCAAGUCUAUGCAAUAACAUUCAAGCUCCUGGUGAGCCAGCUAUUCCUAAAAAUAUGCAAUCAUCAGAACAUGGAGACAUUUCGCUAAAAUCUGAAGUAGAUAAUUGCUCAUCUUCAAAGCAGGAAGAGGACUCUCAAGCAUUGAAAAGCAGUCAUUAUAAGACCGAGAAAAAAACAGCUCCCCCUGUGCCGCACAAGAGGAGUAAACUGAGCGAGUUUCACAGUUCUGAUGUCAAUCAGUUAAAACAGACUGACAAUCUUACACCACGAUACAGUGACAGUGAACCACAUACUGCAACUCCAAGGAAAUAUUCUAACAAUACCCAGGAACAUAAUGCGAAUGACAAGGUUCAGAUAAAAGUUCAUCCACGGAUGGUCAUUGAUAUGUCUGGAGAUGAUGAGGGAGAUUAUUGUGCAAUAACGCCAUCCAAGUAUCCUCAAAAGGAUGGAAAACAUGUAACCAGAGUUUUAGUAGCAUCGGACAAAAAAGGACAGUCAAACAAUAUUAAUAGGUCAGACAGGGAACUGUCAAAAUCACAUGAGAACCUGCACAUUACAGUCAAAGAACUUGCUGUUUCACAAAAAGAAUUUCGUUCACAUGAAAAUAUUGCGCAAAGUGGCUAUGCCCAAGUUGAGUUUUCAACUUUCAAACCGGCUACAGCUAAGUCAUCAAGUGAAGAAAGCAUGAAAAAGUUGUUUGGUAAGAAAACGAAAGAUCAUGGAAAAAAUUUCAUUGAUAGACUAUCACCAAAAGGAAGUGAUGAGGAAAUUAAGGGUCACAGCUCACAGUCAUUGUCACAGAAUAACUCUGACGAGGAGUGCAUCAGUGGUGGAACUAUACUAAUAGAUUUUAGUAAAAUGCAGUUGACAGCUGAAGAUUUGCAAGUGGAAUCUAAAUCACCAGAAUAUAGUGAAGAAGAUAUUGACAAAGAUGACAUAGUGGAAGAACAAAGAACCUUAGAUGGAGAUACAAAUAGAAAAAGAAAUGUACCAGACUAUGAGAAGUGGAAUUUUCAAAGUUUGCUUACAAAGCCAGGAGUAAGUGUUGCAGAAAAUGUGAGUGAUGAUGAUGAAAUUAUUUAUGAUAAUGUGCCAGACAAACAGGAGCCUGUGUCUGGUCAGAGUGAUGACUCGGGUGUGUGCGAGGCCAUCUCCAAUGCUGAGGAUGCUGCACAGCACACAUCCUUCGAUGAUGAUGAUGUUAUUGAAGACCCUACCUUGAGAUCUAAUAGCGGGAGGGCAACCACAUCAGUGAUAUCUCGGACAUCCACUGCCUCCUGCGUGACUGUGGACGGAGACCAUGUGUUCCUGCAUCGCAGUAACAGCGUUGAUGGCUACUUGGACUCCCCUAUUUGUGAGGAGCCUAGGUCUGAAAGCUACUUCAGCAUGGACGACAAUGUUGACAAAGGUGAGCAAGAUGAGUUAGAGGAGACAUUGAAGCCUGAUACAGGUCUGCAGUACGGCUCAGCUCAACUUAGGAUGCGGCACCUGGUGGUGAAGGGAAUCCUGGAGAGUGAGAAGUCAUACCUGCAUGUCAUAGAUCAGCUGGUCAAGGCAAAAAUGUUUUUGCAAAGCUUGUCAAUCAAACCUAGUCACCUCAUUGCUCCUGAGGAUGUCACCACAAUAUUUUACAAGAUGGAUGAGUUCUACACGAUCCACAAGACCUUCGUGAGUGAACUGGAGGCCAAGGUCAAGAACUGGUCAGAUGACCAGCAGAUAGCUGAGGCUGUCAAAAAGUUGGUGGUGUAUUUUAAGGGCUAUGAGGAGUAUGUUCACAACUAUCAGAAGGCCUUGGAGACAAUACGCAAAUACCAGAGGAAUGAGGAAGCCAGGACCCUACUCGAGGCAACUUUUCAAAGUCAAAAAAGAACAGCUAGCGCUGCAAGCGUGUUUGAACAAAUGGAAAACUUCAAAGGGGAAAGUCUAAAAUUAGAAGAUGUUUUAUUGAAGCCUGUACAAAGAAUACAGACAAACCAUCUUGUUCUUUAUGACCUGAUAAAGCACACUCCUGAGUCACAUCCUGACUAUCUGGUCCUGCAAAAAGCCUUGAAACUGAGUGAGGAGAAUCUCCGUGUGUACAACUCUGCCUUUCAUGGACUCAGCACGUCCCAGGAAGGGAGACAACUGGUGAAGAGUGGGUUCAUGGUGGAGGUCUCGAAGGACAAGAAGGGCACAAGACACCUCCGCUAUGUGUUCCUCUUCACUGACAUCCUCAUCUGCACAAAACACAAGGGAGGAGCCAAAAUGAGAGAUGUGUCCUUUAAAUUCGUUUGGAGCCUUCCCUUGCAUUCACUUCAAAUGCACAUCAGAGAGGGCAGCGUGAAGUAUGAGCUGAAGGAAAGCCUGGAGGAGCUGAAGUUUAAGAUAGGCAACCUGAAGGUGGAGCUGAGAGAGGAGAUGUUGAGGGCAGAUAUCAACAAAGAGAAGCACUUUUCUCUGACCCAGAAGAAAGCGGUAAGGAAUGUGGAGAAGCUGAAGAAGAAGAUUCAGGAGCAGGAGGCGAGCUUGGUGGAGGGGUUACCACGGUUACCAUUGAACCUCACUGUGGAAAGGUUUGCGCCCCGCACCUUCCUCUUUCCCACGGACUACGAGCGAGAGGAGUGGAGGGAGGCCAUUGAGUCUCAGCGCGUCAAAUGUCAACCGUUACCGCCAGUUCAGCUGUCCACUCAUGACUGUGAGCAGCUCAUUAAUGCCACCAAGCUGCAUACACCGGUCAAUGGCAUUGGCACUGUACUGCUGAAGAAAGAUGAGGAAAUGUUGACUGGUAGUCUCAAUGUAACUAUUCACAAAAUGCAGGGCUUGACAAGAGACAAAUGUGAUGUGUAUUGCUGUCUAGAGAUGGACUCCUACGGCCACUUCUACAAGAAGGCGCAGACGCGGACAUGUCGCUAUGAGGCAGACGUCUCCUGGAACCAGGACUUUGAGCUAGACCUUGACGGCUCACAGACGCUUCGCAUACUCUGCUACCAGGCCAUGGGGCCCGAUGAGGGGGAUGUCAUCAUUGCAAAAUGUGCUCUCGAGCUGAGCCUGUCUUGGUUAAAUUCCAAGUUUAAUGAGAAAACUAUUUCCAUGAAUGAUGUGUCCCUGACAAUAUCCAUACGACACACUCCGGCUUCAAAAACACUCAAACGAACCCACUCCAAACAGAGAAAUGGAAUUUUUGGUGUAAAAAUUGCAAAUGUUACAAGGCGAGAAAACAAAACUGUGCCAUCGAUUGUCACCAUCUGUAUUGAGCAUGUAGAGAAAAGAGGUUUAGAUGAAAUUGGCAUAUACAGAGUGUCUGGAGUAACAUCCGAUAUACAGCAGUGCAAAAAACUCUUCGACAAAAAUCCAGUUGCAGCAAAUAACUUUGCAGAGGAGGCCGAUAUCCACACGAUCACUGGGGUUCUCAAGUUGUACUUUAGGGAGCUUCCUGAGCCUCUCUUCACUGACUCCUGCUACCAGUCUUUCGUACAAACUAACCAGCUUCAGAACGAGGAGACGAAGGAGAAGUGCAUGCUGGAGCUGCUUCAUGGGCUGCCAGACGCCAACUACUACACGAUAGUCUGCAUGCUGGAGCACCUGGUACGCGUGGCAAAGCGGAGUGCAGAAAACAAGAUGUCACUUAGCAACCUGGCCACGAUAUUUGGCCCCACUCUAAUGCACCCUGCUGUCAAGGAAACGGACAUCGACCCGAUGGUGCAGAUGGCACGAGCUGCUAAGGACGCUGGGAUGCAGACGGAGAUCAUUUACUACUUUCUCAAGUUGGCAAAUAGCGGAAAGAACUUACGCAGGUCGGCAUCUUGAGGAGCCUUUAAUUUUGGGGUUUUGUAUGUCUGUAUAAGGUAAACAGUUCUGUAAACUGUUCAGUUCUUUGUGCUGAAAGUUUAUUUUAAUUAAUUUGCACCUACAAGUCACCAUGUUUCUUUUAAAUAGUUUGAGGUGCUGAUGUUUUUGACGACAGUAAGUGAAAAUACAUUCUUUGUACAAUUUGAUGAGAGUUAGAUGUUGUAUAAUUAUAUGUUAGUUUUUUUACAAUAUUACCAAUAUGAUAAAUUCAAUGGGUAUACUUGGAAAUGGAAAAUCAUAAGGGAAUCACUGUUAGAAAUUGAAUUAGAAUUGUAUCGCAUUGCUGUCAGCAUUUUUCUUGAUCUUUUGAGAGCAUUAUAAUAUGGACCAAUCAGUUCUUCUGUAUGUUGACUAACAACAUAAUGAUCAUGAUCAUGUUUGCCGAGGAUAGCUUGGUAUGACCAAGCAUCUGUUCAAUCAUCAUUUAUAUAGUUUUUAUAUAGUAUUUAUAUAGUUUUUAUAUAGUCUUUCUGAUGUGCUAUUUUAAAGACCAGAUAAUAAAUGUUCUUUUGAUAGUUGAAUACUGUGAAACGUUUUAUUUUCAACAUCAUUAAAUUUAGUUGUUGUUUUUUUUUCAUUGAAUUUUCAAAAAAAAAUCUGGGAUAAAUUGCAGUGGAGAGAGGGGUCUUGCAUGAGGUUUGCCCUGUUUAUCACAUUUCGAUGAACUAAUCCAUGAUAAUAAAGUGGUGGUAUCUGGCACUUUUUAUUUUAUGCCAACAUGUACAUUUUCAUGAAUAGCGGAUUUGUGGGACGAUGACCGUAAGCAAGUGUAUGAACUGUCAUAUCUGAUUUCCAAUUAGUCUUAUUCAAUUGCAAUCAUGGCCGUACAAUUCCAGUCCACAGCAAAUUAUGUAAUUCACGCUGAAAAGAUAUCAGUUUCCUUUUGUGUAGUACGUGCAUUUAUCUAGAUUAUAAAAACAGACGCAGAAUUUGUGCACGGAUUACGUUUGACAUUAUAUAGGUCUACUGAUAUUCAGUCUUAAUAAUUUAACUGCCAGGCAGAGAAGUUUGUUAACACUUUAACACUUUAAGAUACGUAUUUUUAUGCAUUUGUAGUCCCUUAAAAAGUAAAAUUUAAUUAUAGAACUUUCUUACUAGAUUUAAAUUUUAAAGGCUUCAUUUCCAACCCUAAGAUACUGAUGAGCAGCAAACAGCAUACAACCUGAACAGACUGCGAGUUACUCGCAGGCUUUUCUGGUUUUAUGCUGUUUGCACAUAGCAAUUUUCACAUUGUUUCUGAGUGGGAAAGGGUUAAUUUCUACUUAACAUCAUACAGUCGUCCUCUACCAGGCUUGUUCAAAUCAUGCCGCUUGGGUUAAAAUUGUCCUCGAGUCUGUGGUAACUUGAUUAACUUAAACUUUCCUUUCCUUUUACAGAUGUUUGGCAUUUGUUACAUAACAUAAUAUGAUGGUCAUCUGCCAAGAUUGUUUUAAUCAUAUACCUGGCUUCUAAAUGGGCAUCAUCCGGAUUUAUUAAACAUCAAACAUUUCUGCCAGGAUGCUAGAGAUUGGCAUCCCCCUGGUUUUAUAAAAAAACAAACAUGACUGCCCAAAAUAUUUUUUCUUGUGAUACCUUAGCUGGUUUUUAUCUCUGCCGAAAAAAAUUCGUGGGGAUAUAGUAAUUGGUCCUAUCUGUCUGUCCGUCCGUCUGUCCGUCCGAAACUUUGUCCGGAGAGUAACUCCAAAUCUUUUCACUGGAUUUACUCUAAACUUAGAAUAUAAACAGAUGGCAACUAGGAGAAGUGCAGUGACCAAGAACCAUAACUCUAUCUACCUUAGUUUUUGAAUUAUCUCCCCUUUUAUUUAACUUUAAAGUAAAUUUUUGUCCGGAGCUUAACUCUAAAUAUACUAAAGGGAUUUACUUGAAACUUGAAAUAUAAACAGAUUGCAACUAGGAGAAGUGCAGUGACCAAGAACCACAACUCUAUCUACCUUAGUUUUUGCAUUAUCUCCCCUUUUAUAUAACUUUAAAGUAAAUUUUUGUCCGGAGCAUAACUCUAAAUAUACUGAAGGGAUUUACUUGAAACUUGAAAUAUAAAGAGAUGGCAAGUAGGAAAAGUGCAGUGACUAAGAACCAUAACUCUAUCUACCUUAGUUUUUUAAUUAUCUCCCCUUUUAUAUAACUUUAAAGUAAAUUUUGUCUGGAGCAUAACUCUAAAUGUACUAAAGGGAUUUACUUGAAAUAUAAACAUAUGGCAACUAGGAGAAGUGCAGUGACCAAGACCAUAACUCUUUCUACCUUAGUUUUUGAAUUAUCUCCCCUUUUAUAUAAUUUUAAAGUAAAUUUUUGUCCGGAGCAUAACUCUAAAUCUACCGAAGGGAUUUACUUGAAACUUCAAACUUAAACAGAUGGCAAGUAGGAGAAGUGCAGUGACUAAGAACCAUAACUCUAUCUACCUUAGUGUUUGAAUUAUAUCCCUUUAUUUAAUUUCAAAGUAAAUUUUUGUCCGGAGCAUAAUGAAUUCUCUCCCUUUAUUUGUUUUUACAAAUAUUAUUCUACUCUCUAAAACAAAUGUUGUCAUACAAGCAAACACAUUUCGGCGCGGAUUUGGCACUACUGUGACAAUCUCUUGUCAAAAUGGUUAUGGAAACACCACAAAAGCUGCUCAGAGUGGUUCAGUUUUGUCUACAGGUGAUUGCCCUUUUGUUUGCGAAGCAUUUCUUUACACAAACGUUGCAUUUGUGAACAUUUUUAUUGUAACUUUUGUGCUGUUAACUAAUGUAUAAGGGAAUUGUACAAUCAAAGGCUGUACUGUCACUACUGUAUGUUUUGUUUUUGUACAAAUUAGAGUGAAAUGUUUAGGCUCUUGCUAUUUUCAAACCAGAUUUAAUUGUAUGCAUUAUGAAAUGUAUGAAAAUGAUUAUUGUAAUUUAUGCAUGUGUUGUUUAUAACAAACUUUUACGUAACAGGGCAAUUUUAAUCGGUAAAACUAAAUAAUUAAGAAAGAAAUAUUUUGUGUGUGUUGUAUUGGAUGUUUUGUCAUCGUCAGUCAUCAGUCCAUUUCUUUUGUUCUGCAAGAAUGUUACAGGGGCAUAGAUAACCAUCAAACAUUGGGGAGGCGGUCCAGUUCCUGUACUGGGAACAUAAAGGGGUUCUUUUAAGAGGGUUGUCCUCUCCCGUGGUUCCGAAAAAUUUUACAAUUACAAUUAAUAUGGAUAGUUUUUGGGGAACUUUCAUGUUGAUAUAAAUACUAGUUUUUUGUCUCACUCUCAGUUUGUCAUGAAAUCAGGUUGUCCAAUGCCAUCGCCAAUGACCCAAAAAUCUCAACAGUUAUUUUUGUCUUUCCAAAAACCCAUGCUAAUUAAACAUAAAAUGAAGUAAAUGUUUAUGUAUUUUAAUGACGGAGUUUAACAAGUGAUAUGAGGAAUAAUUUCAUCAGCAUUACAUUCACAACACAUAUAUUUUAUUACUGAUGGACAUGUUUAAAACCGGACAUGCGAAGACUGUAAUAAAUAACCACAUAAAAAUACACAACAACCAAUACAAUAUGACAUGAUUAAUAAAGAAUAUAUCCACAUUUCAAGCACUAUUAAAAUACUGAACCAGGAUGAAUAAAUAAUAUUAAAUUUAGUUAAAUAAACAAAAAUUAAGGCAUAAUUCAUUUUCAAAGUCCCUAGAACUGAUUAGAAAUACUCAUUUUGAACAUUAAACAAUAACAUAUAUGAUAUUGUUUCAAUGAUUUCUAAUCAAAUAAUAACUGUUAUACUUAGAGAACAAAAAUAUUUUCAAUCAAAUUAAUGUUUUUCACUUGUAUAUUUACUCAAAAUUGUUUUAAGUGGCAGUUACCUUUGAAUUAAAGCGAUCAAUUAAAAUGAAAAGAAUAGCCUGUCCCUAAUCAAUACACCGAAAGUGCAAUCACGGAAAAGAACAAUAAAACAACGCAAUGACAUUUACCUGGGCCCCUGGUUUAUGACACCUAACAAGGGAUAUUGACACAUCAUUAUUGGAAACCUCGGAGCAGACGGAGAGGGGACACAUGGCUUCUGCACUGACGGCGCGUGAUUACAAAAAUACUGGUUUUGUGGCUGCAAUUUUGGGGUAUUUUACGUUUUAUUUAUAUAACGACUACAAGCCGAAAUAUUGGGGAGGCGGCCGCCUCCCCAUUACUUACGCCCCUGUGUUACUAGUAACAUAUUUCUUAUUGCUGAAAGUGCAUCGUGGGUAAUUUGCUUAUUAAAGCUGCCAUGUUUUUGUUUGACUAGUUGAUAGUGUAGUUAUUGUUGUCUUGUACUUUAUUUUGUGAUAUAAACUAAUUGUGUUCAAAGUACAUCUAGUGUUCAAAACCAUUAUUUGUACACAACGUUGACUUGUAUUAAAUUGACAUAUACCCGGUAAUUAUGCAUAGACAACUUUGAAAAAUAAACUGAACAUUUCUUUAAAUGUUAUGUCUGUUUAUGAAUCACAAAAUUACAUAUUUCUGUCUUAAAAAUCUCUGUCUACCAAAGAUAAUAAUAAUUCUUAAAGCUGUGAAAUCUAUUCUUAUGCAUUAAAUUAAAGUUUAUUUCACUACAACAGUGUUCCAUUUGUAAAAACUAUGAGCGUAUCUGUGAACUACAUUAAUAUAAGUUUAUGCGUGAAAGUUCUUCUUACAAAUAUAAUGUAUGACUCAUGGUACACUAUGUUGGCAAUGUGUGUAUAUUUAGUGAACAGUUGCAUCAUAAGCUUUUGUGUGUAAAGAAAAUAAAUAGAUAACAUGUCUUUAAGAAACAACUACCAUAAAUAAAUGUGUUAUAAUGUUGGUGGACCGGGACUUUUAUAUGUUUUGAAUGCAGUCAGUUUUGUAUUUCUUCUGUUAUUUUCAUGUCUCCUUUAUAGAUUGUAUAAUGGUUUUACAAUUAUUUAAAAAAUAAUAAUAAUCCAGCUUUUAUGAAGCUUUUUCAUGCAUUAAAUAUUUAUUUAACAUUAGCAUACAAGAAUAGAAAUUUUCUUUUUAAAACCUGCCCCAAACCUGCACGUUCUUCAGUUGAUGAAGACUGUUUAUUCAGAUCCUAUUGUUUGCCUUCUUUUCAUGAAUUGCUUAUGACUUUAGUAAAGUUCUGGUAAAAUGGUGACAAAUUGCUUAAAUAGUACCUCUAAAAUUUUUAUGCAAUUUUCUAGCUAUCAGGUCUUUUGAAACAGAUAGAAAAUGUUCACAUGUUCUUACAUAAUUGCCGUAGCACAUUGCUGUGAUUAAGUAAUGCUGAAAUGUUAAACCAAUAAUAGUUGUACAUGUAUAUGUAAUUUAUUUUGUAAAAUUUAUCAUGGAAAUUUAUCACACAUGUGACGUUGCAUGUUUAAUGUGCCCAUUCGUGAUUUUUUAUUACAGAAUCAUAAAAUUUCAUACAUAAUGUGUACUAUCAUGGUUUUCAUAUAAACAGGAAUGCUGGAAAACAUGUGGUAUCAGAUAAUGUCAUGUUUAUUACAUAUAUUGUUUGUUAAUUUUUAUUUUAUUUUAUCCCCGCUGAAACAAGGGCUGUUUGUAAAACAUGCAUGCCCCCCAUAUGGGCUCUAAGUUGUAGUGACAGCCAUUUUGUAAAUAUGUUUUUUGUCACUGUGACCUUGACCUAGUGACCUGAAAAUCAAUAGGGGUCAUCUGCGAGUCAUGAUCAAUGUACCUAUGAAGUUUCAUGAUCCUAGCCAUAAGCUUUCCUGAGUUAUCAUCAGGAAACCAUUUUACUAUUUCAGGUCACUGUGACCUUGACCUUUGAUCUAGUGACCUGAAAAUCUCUAGGGGUCAUCUGCCAGUCAUGAUCAAUGUACCUAUCAAGUUUCAUGAUCCUAGGCAUAAGCGUUCUUGAGUUAUCAUCCGGAAACCAUUUUACUAUUUCGGGUCGCCAUGACCUUGACCUUUGACCUAGUGACCUGAAAAUCAAUAGGGGUCAUCUGCUAGUCAUGAUCAAUCUACCUAUCAAGUUUCAUGAUCCUAGGCAUAAGGGUUCUUGAAUUAUCAUCCGGAAACCAUUUUACUAUUUCGGGUCACCGUGACCUUGACCUUGGACCUAGUGACCUGAAAAUCAAUAGGGGUCAUCUGCGAGUCAUGAUCAAUGUACCUAUGAAGUUUCAUGAUCCUAGGCCUAAGCGUUCUUGAGUUAUCGUCUGACAACCACUUGGUGGACGGACCGACCGACCGACAGACAGACUGACCGACAGACCGACAUGAGCAAAGCAAUAUACCCCCUCUUCUUCGAAGGUGGGCAUAACAAAAAUCGGAGGGGAUAUAGUUAUUGGUCCUGUCCGUCUGUCCGGCCGAAACUUUGUCCGGAGCAUAACUCCAAAUCUAUUCAAUGGAUUUACUCUAAACUUAGAAUAUAAACAGAUGGCAACUAGGAGAAGUGCAGUGACCAAGAACCAUAACUCUAUCUACCUUAGUUUUUUAAAUAUCUCCCCUUUUAUAUAACUUUAAAGUAAAUUUUUGUCCGGAGCAUAGCUCUAAAUAAACAAAAGGGAUUUACUUGAAACUUGAAAUAUAAACAGAUGGCAACUAGGAGAAGUGCAGUGACCAAGAACCACAACUCUAUCUACCUUACUUUCUGAAUUAUCUCCCCUUUUAUAUAAUUUUAAAGUAAAUUUUUGUUCGGAGCAUAACUCUAAAUCUACUGAUGGGAUUUACUUGAAACUUAAAAUAUAAACAGAUGGCAAGUAGGAGAAGUGCAGUGACUAAGAACCAUUACUCUAUCUACCUUAGUGUUUGAAUUAUCUCCCUUUAUUUAAUUUCAAAGUAUUUUUUUUUCGGAGCAUAAUGAAUUAUCUCCCUUUAUUUGUUUUUACAAAUAUUAUUCUACUUUCUAAAACAAAUGUUGUCAUACAAGCAAACACAUCUCGACUACUGUAACAAGCUCUUGUUAAAUAAGUCAUUGAUGGCAAAUAAUUUAUAAUAAAUUUAUAACUUUUGGCAAUAAUCUUGUUUAGAAUAUGAAAGUGAUAUAUAUAUGAAGGAGCCCACAUCCAAUGGUCCAGCUAAUACUAUUGAUAGGACAAUGAGUUUGUGUGUACAUUUGUAUCACGUGCUAGGGAAUUCUCUCCAAUACAUGUAUUGCCAUAACCCCCAAGGACUUGUGUUAGUUGGCCUAGGGGGUAUAGUGCAUGAUACAGGAGGAAAUGUGUCGAUAAAAGGUCAAUAAAAAAGGUGAAAGACUGUCAGUGUGAUAUAGGUAAAUGGCAGGUUACCACAUUAGUUUUUUGUUAUAUAGCAGACUAGGUUUUGAAUAAAAUAACAGCCAGGCUUGCAGAGAUGGGUCGAAUCAAGUCUGAUACAUUACAAAAUGAUAGGGCAGUAGCCUGUUUUUUGUCAUACAUCCAUGCCCCCAUUUUUUUUAAGAUAUGAGUAAAUAUUAUAAUUUAUUAUGUAUGACGCUUGUUGUGUUAAUCAUGAAGUCAUAAGCACUCGCAAUUUAUAUUUGUAAAUUACGCCUUUAGCUCUUCUGCUUAUGGGGAGCUUUUACGAUACUGUGUUGUCCAGUUGUGUUGAUGAAGGUGACUUUUGUUCCAAUAAUUCCUGUGGUGUAAAAAAAAUUACCCUGCCUUGGGGGCAAUUUGUUUUCCUUAUAUGAAUAUGAAAUCAAUUCUGUAACCGCGAUGACAAGUUUGGUAUUUGGCAUAUAACAGCAUAUGGUGUUUCUCAACCAAGUUUUUUUCCAUUCAUUUAUAUAGUAAAAAUACUUCUUUGAAACCGUGAGGCCCAGAAAUUUAUUAAUUGGCCUCUUUGGUCCUGUGAAGUGUGUUCAAAUCAUGUCGCUGUUUUCAAAACUGGUCACACCUCAGGGGCCAAAUGAUACAUAGAUUUAUAUCGAAAAUUAUUUUAAAAAAUCUCUGAUACUGUAGGGUCAGGGUUUCAAUAUUUGGUAUGUUAAUUAUUUAUUUUCUCGUACAAGUUUUUUCAAAACAUGCCUGUGGGGUCAAACUAACCGCACCGCAGGGGUCUCAUGAUUUAUAUAGACUUGCAUUGUAAAUAACUCUAAAAAUCGUAUUCUCUGGAACCCCAAGGGUACGGGGUUCCAUGUUUGGUGUGUGCACGUGACGUCAUGUGCUGGUCUGCUCCUAUGUUAGUUAAUUUCCCUGAGGAUUAUGAUAUACCCCAAUCUUGCGAUUUCUUUAAAAAAAAAAAACCCGUAAUAUAUAUUGAUUGAGCACAAUUGUAUUUGCUAAUUACUGUAACCAAAUCAAAUAUUAAUUUUGUCAUACAUAGUAAAAACCUAGAAAAACACCAAAUUCUGCACAAAUAAUUUUUUUCCUAGAUAUCUCAGGUUAGAAACCUAGAGCUUUAAGGCCCUCUUGUUUGUUGUUGCUUUUUGUUUUUAAACUAUAUCACCUCUUGGUAUGACAUUGUUUGUUUUGUUAAUAUAAUAAAGUUCUGUUUAAACCAAAAAAAUGACUCAAUAGAUGAUUCUGAGAAAAAUUUAAGGACUUCAAAUAUUGAAGCGAAGGCUUAUUUUGUUUAAUUCUCUGCAAAUAUUGCUAAGUAUAGAUUUUAGUCAAAUAUUGCUAAGUAUAGAUUUUAGUCAAAUAUUGCUAAGUAUAGAUUUUAGUCAAAUAUUGCUAAGUAUAGAUUUUAGUCAAAUAUUGCUAAGUAUAGAUUUUAGUCAAAUAUUGCUAAGUAUAGAUUUUAGUCAAAUAUGGCUAAGUAUAGAUUUUAGUCAAACCCUUUGCGAUUUAACUCAUUUUGUUAUUAUUUAACAUGUAUGAUUGCUUCAGCUUUCUGAUAACAUUUGAAUCAAGAUGAUGCAAGGCGGAGAAUGUGCAGGAGCAGCUGGAAUCUGCUUCAGUUGAAAUCCCUGAGACAUUUUAUUGGAUGCUGUUAAUGGAACCCGAGUUAUGUUGUUUUGUUGAAUUUUAACUAUAUCACUUCUGGUCUGAAUAGUUUAUUCAAUUGCAAGUCUGAAAACUAUUCAUCUAUCGUUGCUAGUAUGGCGCUGUGUAAUUCUAAAACUUUUGUUACUGUUAACAUACAUUAUUAUUAUUGAAAUACAGAAAUAUGUACAUGAAUAGUUUUCUGUUUUUGUUGUUAACUUUGAAAGGCCUGUAAAUGUCCAAUGAUUAUUUAAAAUUUGUUAUCAAUCUAAAGAUUAUGUGCAACACAUGCAGCAUGCAAACUCCCCACUGUGAUCAUUUGUGGCGAGGUAUUGUUAAAUAAAUUUCUUCCUGAA